CUGAAGAUAUCGGUGUCCGUAUUCAAAGCCAUGCUCAAGUCACUGAAUGGUUCAUUAAAAAUUAAUGUAAAUAGCACAUCAAGCCGUUUCUGUUAAACCCGGCACACGUCUAGAUUUAUGAAACUUAAACACGCGCCUAAAAUCAACUUAGUACAAGUUUACAUUUAAUUCAGAAGUAUUACAAUAAGACAGCUUUGCGUUCGUCGGCUUUCCUUAUUGAAAUAUGGUAUACAUUUGAUAAGUGUUUUUAUGGAUGCAAACGGCGAGGUGUCUUACGUUAAUACCGGUAGUACGGCAACCGUCUCCUCGCGUACAGGCCUUUUCGGUGAUUCCCGGAAGAGGAUGCAGACGCGUCUCUUAUACGGCGCCAUAUGUGUGCUCAGCGUUAUUGUGGUGGCGCUCGUCAUUGCACUGGCGGUGGUUGCCUCCAAAACUUCAGGAAGUAACGGCGCUGAGACGCCGGUGCCCGGAUGUCAGGCCGGCGGCGUAUGGGAUCUACCAGAAGUUGAUUGCUCUCAUGCUAUUAGUGAUCUGGACAAAGCGAAAUGCGUCUUGGACAGCUAUCCAUUAAUUGACGGACAUAAUGACCUACCAUACCGUUUUCGACGGUUCUCCAACACUUCCGUUUACGGCGUGGACCUGACGGCUGACCUCCGGCAUGUCUGGAGUACGAAUCUCUCGCAUACCGACAUACCCCGACUUCGGGAGGGAAAACUGGGUGCACAGUUUUGGGCAUGUUAUGUCCCCUGCAAGUCCCAGUACAAAGACGCCGUCCUCCUGUCUUUGGAGCAGCUUGACGUCAUCCGGAAGUACGUCACGCGUUACUCUGACACCUUCCGGUGGGUGACAACGGCGCAAAGUAUACUCGAUGCAUUCCAAGCUGGUCGGGUUGCCAGUCUAGUGGGUCUCGAAGGCGGUCAUUCUAUAGACAGUAGCCUGGCUGCCCUGAGAAUGUUCUACGACUUGGGAGUGCGCUACAUGACCAUCACGCACAGCUGCAACACUCCGUGGGCGGACAACUGGAAAAUUGAUGAGCCGACCUAUAACAGAACAGUUGACGGACCCAACUUUGGCGGGCUUACUGCAUUCGGAGAGACAGUUAUCAAAGAGAUGAACCCACUGGAGAUGCUGAUCGACCUGGCGCACGUGGCCAAUUCUACCAUGGUAGACGCUCUGAGAGUAUCCAGGGCGCCUGUAUUAUACAGUCACUCUUCGGCAUUCACCAUCUGUAACCACUUCAGAAAUGUGCAGGACUCUGUGCUACAUCUUACGAAGCGGAACGGCGGGGUUGUCAUGGUGAACUUCUAUGACUUGUACGUCACGUGUCCUUCACUGACGGAAAAACCGUCCAAGUUAAGUCACGUGGCGGAUAACAUAGAUUACAUCAAGAACAUCAUUGGAAUCGAUCACGUGGCCAUUGGGGCGGACUACGAUGGAAUUCCAACGUUGCCCGUGGGUCUAGAGGACGUUUCCACCUACUCAGCCCUUUUUGCUGAGCUCGGUCGCCGGGGCUGGAAAGAACUGGAUCUGCAGAAACUGGCCGCCAGAAACCUCAUCCGGGUCUUCAGGCAGACGGAGAAGGUUCGAGACGAGAUGUCCUACUUGCCACCUUUUGAGGACAUGUUACCAGAGAGCGAGAACAGUGCUGAGAAGUCAUGUCGGACCGACAUGAACGAAUGGUGACAGCGAUGUCGUUGGACGCUGAACAGUCUGUGCAGCAGACCACACUUUAUCACUCGUAUACUGGAUCGGCGCCGUUAAUGACCAUUAUUUUCACUUAAUAG